GCCACCGAACAGCAGCCACGACGCAGUAGAAGGAUCGCCGAUCUCCAACAACAGCGACCUGCAGAUCGACAACAGCCUCAGACCAGCACUCAGAUGGCGAACACGUCAAAGAGCGGAACACCAUCUGAAAGUUCGACAUCUGGCAAUGCCGAACCCUUACCGGUCUGUCCGGUGCAAGGGCUGAAUGAGCCCCUCCCGGACCUCAUUCAGAGAGUGCAGGACUAUACAGCCGCACUCACCCUUGCCAAAGAACGGCAAGAGGCUGCCGAAGCAGAGAGACUACUGCUAGCAGCGGAAGCUGCAGCCCAAGCCCAGCGUCAAGCUGAGGCAGACCAGUUGGCGACCGAUCAGCUCAACGCCAACAGCGCUGAACUUCUAAUUUCUAGCCACGAACAGUGGACAGCGGUACUCAACGGGAUGCGUUAUGUUCCCGUAGCCGGAUCCGAGCCAACGACAGUGCAACAGGAGAGGCAAAACCUGGCAGACAUUCUACUCAACACAAUGCGUGCAGUCAUCUGGAACAGCACCACGGGGGAACUUCAUUCCAAGUCCACACGACAGCUGCAGCAAGAUCUGAACCACAACGUGAAGACACUUGCAGCAGCCGUCAAGGUAGCAGACUCCCAGCUGAAACAGUUGGACGCCCGCAUUGCUACUCUGGAGACAAGGCCUCCCCAAGCAGCGCCAGGCUGCACGACAGACACGGCGAAGCAGCUCAACGGGCGCAUCGAUCAUGUUGUCAAUCUCAUUGGCGACCUAGGUGCUUUUACUGGGCCGGACACGAUCAGUAGCACGGUGGCCGCCAUCAAGACGGACAUCACCAAGCUGCAGACGAGACCGGACGCCGCUACCAAAAGUUUCAAGAUGCCGCAGUUCACCAUCAGCAAGUUUGACGACUACAACAAGACAAACGCUUUGACAUGGUGGCAAGGUUUCCUCACGGAAGCAUCCUGCCGCACUGUCCCGGCUGAAGACAUGUUGAAGGCGCUCUACCUACAACUGAUUGGAGGAGCGCAGGCAUGGAUGAAUCACCUGGCGGCUACCAAGCAAUGCACCAUCGCCGAACUCCACACACACAUUACGUGGAAGGAGUUCGAGCAACUAUGGUUCACUCGAUUCAUGGUCCGCAACGUCGUGAAGGCGGCCAUGAACGAGGUGUACACUUGCUCACAAGGAAGUAUGCCAACUCGAAACUGGACGAUUAAGUGGCAGAAGAUAGUGACCACGCCAAGCUUCGAUUUGAGUUUUACAAACCAACGAUCCGAGUUCUUCUCGCGAUCAUGCGCAGGAUUGCGGUCGACACUCGGCAACGAGUACGACUAUACCUUGUUCCAGGCUAUUCUGGACCGCGUAAACCUGGUCAUCCAAACGGACGACAAGGCCGCUAACGAGAAGCAGUCCCAGCCGCACUAUGUGGCUAAGCCGGCCUAUCAACGACCAGCACAUAACAAUGUUGUGGUUUCUGAAGAAACAAUCGAUCUCCACGCUGCAGCAGCAUCCUCGAGUGAUGGAGGAAUUGUAGCAGCGCUCCCGCCGAAGCGUCCCAAGAGAGUUCGGAAGAACAAGGCGACACAAGAGACGGCAUCGACGGGAACUGGGCAGCAGCCAUGGACGACAUACAAGAUAACCAAGGAAAUCUAUGACCUUCGUCAACGGAAGACGCAACCCACGCAAGUUACACUCGCGGACGGCCGCACGCAAAAGUCAAUUGACCGAUGCGUCGACGGCGUUCCGGUAUACUUUGCGCCACUUGCGUGCGAGCCGGUGUCUUUUGACAUCCUCGACACCAAGUUCGACAUAACUCUAGGCAUGUCUUGGUUGCGUAGCGCCGAUCAUCCGGUGAACUUCCACGACCGGACCGUUCACAUCCGUUAUCGGAACGGAGUGUUAGUCCCAUGUACGGUCGCAACCCCUCACACUUCGAUUGCUUGUCACGUGGUGUCCGUUGCGAGAAUUCGUGACGUCAUUGCUCGGAAUGACGUCGAGGAAAUGGACCCUGUAUUCUUGCAUGCUCUCCCCUCGCCGGACGGACCAACCGCGUCACCGUCGGACCCACGCAUUUCUCACCUCUUGGACGAGUAUAGAGAUGUUUUCGAGGCUCCCACCGGAACRGUUCCGGAUCGGCCCAUACGUCACGGGAUCACUCUCGAGGCUGGCGUCGUCCCUCCGCGUGGAUGUAUCUACCGCCUGAGCGAAAACGAACUCGAGGUGCUUCGCGCGCAACUUGAUGACCUUCUCGACAAGGGCUGGAUUCGCCCUAGUUGCUCGCCUUACGAUGCACCUGUUCUCUUCGUCCGGAAGAAGAACAAAGAUCUACGGUUAUGCAUCGACUAUCGCAAACUUAACGCACAAAUCGUAAAGAACGUCGGCCCUCUCCCUCGGAUUGAUGAUCUCCUUGAGCGGUUAGGCGGCGCGACGUACUUCUCGAAGUUGGACUUGAAGUUGGGCUACCACCAGAUUGAAAUCCAGCCUCAAGAUCGGUACAAGACCACGUUCAAGACGCGGUGCGGGCAUUCUCAGUGGGUUGUCAUGCCAUUUGGCCUCACCAAUGCCCCCGCGACUUUCCAAGCAGCUAUGACGACUGAGUUUCGCGACUUGCUCGAUCGCAGCGUCCUCAUCUACCUCGACGACAUCUUGGUUUAUAGUAGGACGUUGGAUGAGCACAUCGUACACCUUCGCGCUGUUUUGGAUCGUUUGCGACUGACCAAGUACAAAGCGAAUCUCGACAAGUGCGAGUUCGCCAAGCAGGAGCUUGAGUACUUGGGACAUUUUGUCAAGCCGAAAGGCAUUCGUCCCUUAACGGACAAGAUCCAAGCCAUCGUGGAUUGGUCGGAACCCCGUUGCACGACGGAUGUACGCUCUUUCAUGGGUUUGGCUGGAUAUUAUCAGCGAUUCGUCGAGUCAUACUCGAAAGUGGCCGCUCCUUUGUCGAGACUUCAGUCCCCGAAGGUGCCCUUCGAGUUCGACGACGCAGCCCGUGGCGCGUUCACUACGUUGAAGGCAGCGAUGCAAGCCGCACCUGCACUGCGUAUAUAUGACCCCACCCUUCCCACCCAAGUGACUACGGACGCUUCGGGAUACGGUAUUGGUGCGGUGUUGGAACARUGUCACGAGGACGGUUGGCAUCCGGUCGAGUAUUUCUCCCAAAAGGUGCCUCUCGUCAACACUCUCGACGACGCUAGGAAGAAAGAGCUACUCGCAUUUGUCACCGUUCUCAAACGGUGGCGCCACUUUCUUCUCGGCCGUCGGCGUUUUAAAUGAAAUACGGACAACAAUCCGUUGACCUUUUACAAAACGCAGGAUACAGUCACUAACACGAUCGGUCGAUGGAUGUAUUAGAUCGACCACUUCGAUUUUGACCCGUGCCACAUUCCCGGUCCCGCCAAUCGAGCUGCGGACGCCCUCUCACGACGGCCCGACUUUUGUGCCAUUCUUACCACGACAUUCGACCUCGAUGACGAUCUGCAGCCGCAUUUCGUCAAAGGCUACAAGUCCGAUCCAACAUACUCUACGCUUUACGCGGAGCUUUCAUUAG